AUGAGUGACUCUCCACCAGGUGAGAUCAAGCUGGAGAUGCCUAGCAUCAGUGUGGAGGGGGAAGUGUCGGAGCUGGCAGCCAACCCAGAAAUGCUGGAGUCCUUGGAGCAGUGUGUGAUCAACUGGCUGACCCAGAUUUCCUCUGCUCUGGAGAUCCAGCUGAAGAAGACACCCCAGGGCAACGGUCCUCUGGCUGAAAUUGAGUUCUGGCGAGAAAGAAAUGCAACGCUGAGUGCCCUCCACGAGCAAACGAAGCUUCCAUUUGUUAGGAAGGUCUUGGAUGUGAUCAAGGAAGGUGAAUCCAUGAUCACAGCCAACGUGCAGCCUGUCCUGACCGAGCUGUUCAAACUCCACAUGGAGGCCUCGGACAAUGUGCGCUUCCUGUCCACCGUGGAACGUCACUUCAAGAACAUCACACAUGGUUCCAGCUUCCAUGUGGUCCUGGACACCAUCCCAUCCAUGAUGAGCGCCCUGCGCAUGGUGUGGAUCAUCUCGAGACAUUACAACAAGGACGAGAGGAUGAUCCCACUCAUGGAGCGCAUCGCCUGGGAGAUUGCUGAGCGCGUGUGCAGGGUCAUCAACCUGCGCACCCUGUUCAAAGAAAACAGAGCGAACGCCCAGCACAAAACCCUGGAUGCCAGAAACACUCUCAAGCUAUGGAAGAAAUCCUAUUUCGACAUCCGGGCCAAGAUCGAGGCUUCUGGUAGGGAGGCGCGCUGGGAGUUUGACCGGAAGCGGCUGUUUGAGAGAACAGACUACAUGGCCAGCAUCUGCCAGGACCUGGCAGAUGUCCUGCAGAUCCUCUCCUGGCCUCAGUUCCAGAGUGGGUCUGCAUGCUUUGAGAUACUCAGUGCCACCGAGCAGGCCGUGGGCUUGCAGGCCUCUUCCCUCAACUCUCGGCUGGCACUGUGGCGUACAACGCUGGGCUGGCCAGGGGAGUGGGUACAAUGGCAGUGA